GGCUUGUUACCUCGAGGUGAGAAGCCCAAUCCUUUGAGGCAAAAGAAUGCCAAGGUGAACCAACUUCUCAAGGUUUCCCUGCCAAAGCUUGCCAAUGUGCAGCUCCUAGAUAUAGAUGGGGGCUUCGUGCACUCGGACGGUGCCAUCUCCUGCCACGACAUGUUUGAUUUUCUGCAUCUCACAGGAGGGGGCUAUGCAAAGAUCUGCAAACCCCUCCAUGAACUGAUCAUGCAGCUGUUGGAGGAAACACCUGAGGAGAAACAAACCACCAUUGCCUGACUGGCUACCAUCAGUGUUAAUAGCAUCCCAGCUUCCUCAGAUCAGUUAUAUCACUGGCACUACAGAAUCCUUCUCUUUCUUAAAGCACUUUGCAUUGUAGAAUGUUCCUGGAUGUUCAUAUCUAGUGUUUGAAGGGGAGGAGGGAUUUAAACUGGUCUUGUACAUAGAAGGUUUGUUUGACACAGGAAAAAAUUAGCCAAGGAAGAUUGUUGUUUAAAUUCAUUUGAAACCAGAGGGGACUUUUUAGUUGUAUGUGUGACACAUUUAUUGAAUUAUUGCUGUUUUUCGUAGGACAGCAUCGAACCUAAAUACUGAAUAAUAUGAAGAUUCUUUACUUGGCCUUUCUUUCUAUGGAUUAUGUCGUAUAUAAUAAUCAUCAGAAUCACACCUACUUGGCUUUAAAACAUGGUUUUUUCCAGCUUUUAAGGUUUAUAAUUUAGCCUUUUGUUUUCAUUUUGCUUUACUCAUAUGUAUACUCAAUGUUUAACAUCAGAUUGAACAUGCUUGUCAUUCAAAUAUGGGAGAUGCUGUAGUUACAAGUGAGUUUGUUCCACUCUCUUGAUCUUUCCCAUACUUAGCAGUGAAAAAUAGGUUUUGCCCCAUUCAGAGGACUCUUUGGAGGGUAUUAUUUUUAUGCUGCUGAAUAUCAUGUUUAUAAUAGACCCAUGCAUGCAGCCUUUCCUCCCCUUUUCCCUCAUUCCUUUUUUUUUUUUUUUUUUUCUUUUUUUUUUUGGUCCUUGUUAACAUUACAAACUUUUAACACAUUUUUGACCUAGGAGCUCUGUUGCUGCAAGUAUAAGUCCCCAGCCACUUACUCUCAUUAUAUUACUAAUAUAUAACUCAUUCUUGUGUGGUGUGUGUUCUGUGCUAGAGUCUGUGUAGUGCUAUUCAUAUUCAGAGUUCUGGUUUGGUUUGCUUCUUUUUCCCUUAAAACCUGUUACAGUUUCCUUUUUUAGAAAAAAAAAAUCAGAACUCUGUUUUCCAUUCCAUAAUGCCUGAUAUUAUUUCAAGUUUUAUAGUAUUUUAAGGUGUACAUUUUAUUUUUUUAUUGGCUUAGUUUUUAAAUUAUGUCAGUUCAGAAAAAUUUGGCUUUUUCCAUGGGGAAACACAUGAAACUGCUCUUCACAAUAGACAUUCUACCAUUAUCCCACCAUUUUAGUAAAAAACUAAGUUCAUUUAAUUUUUUAAGGUUCCCCAUUAAUGUAUCUUCAUCUGAGAAUUUGUUUCAAGAGAGAGCUUUAUAAUCUUAAUGUUUGUUGAGCUAUAAGAACUGCCAUUUUAAAAAAAUAAUGGGACAACAGAUGGUUUAUUGUUCAGUAUACCUAUGGAAUAUGUAUGAACUGGAUCUGCAAGCAGAUAUUUUAAACUGGACCAGGUGGGUAUUGAAGUAACCCAUCAAAAUGUGCUCUGCAGUGAUUCUGCUUAAUGUUCAAUUUUAAUAACUAAGUUAUGUGUUUUAUAUUAUACUUACAAGGCAAAUGGCAGUACUUUUGUGUGUUGGAGGAGGGUUGCAGAUUUGUGCUAAGAUUCUCUUCUGUUUGAGAAGGAUAGAACUUGGGCUGAUUUUUUUCUUGGCAAGCUUCUAGGAAUUAUUUUGGUUUUGUUUUUUUGUCUUUUU